AUGUCGGAUCACGGCAUAGGUGGAUUUCCGAACGGUGCCGGCUGUGUCGGAUGCGGCGACAGAAUACCAAAGUUAUGUGUGUCUCGGAUGUACUAUUUCCUGACGUUCGCCAUGCUGGGGACGUUCUGGAUGCUCUUGGCGACCUUCGCGCGCUAUCUUGGACUGACGGCGACGCAGGCGGGCAUCAUAUCGGGUGCGCGCCCGCUCGUGGCCGGUGUGGCAGUGGCGGUGUGGACGCACAUCGCCGACCGAUUCCAGCGUCUGAAAAAGCCAAUUCUGCUGCUGGGAGUGACGUCGCACCUGCUGCUGAGCGUGGCGAUCGUUUUCUUCAAGCCAGAGUUUAGUUUAGAUUGUAAACCUGAUCACAACCGUACGGACAGUACUAGUGGAUUGCAAGCACAGUUUUUACAUCCUUACUCAGACACUGUACCCAGUGCAAGUACGCACACAAGCACAAGCAGCAGCAGCUCCACGCACAGUAUGACCGCUGGGUUUGGUUCGCAGAUUGUUAACUACACGGUGCCGUCGGCAAACUCCACAGCAAACUCCACAGACGUGGUGGGUUGCAGGGACGUGCUCGCGGCCCAACCCACGUCCGUCAAGUACGGAGCACUGAGGCUGACGCUGUCGCAGACGUUUGCCGUGCUGCUGUCGCUGGUGCUGCUCAACGAGUGCCUGGGCGCAGGCAUCACCAGCAUGGCCGAUGUCGCUACGUACGCGCACCUGGGCAGGGAGAACUACGUCCUGUUCGGCUGGAUUCGCGUGUUCGGAGCGGCCGGCUGGGCACUGGGCAUUUUCUCGUUGACUAUGGCUGCCGAGUACUUCAACGCUUCGUCCUCUUCAUCGUCGUCGUUGUCAUCGUACGAUGUUGAUGACAACCCACGCGUACACCUCUCCGGUAACUACCAGCUGGUGUUCUCCAUUCUGGCCGUUAUCCUGUGUCUGAGCUUCGUCACCGGCGCACUGUUUGAGUUCACGGAGCAUGCGAGCAGCCUGGCGCGUACGGCGCUGCGCAAGACACUGCAGCAGGUGCUGACGCCACGCAUGGUCCUCCUCUCUGUCGUGAUCGUGCACUCGGGCGCUGCCAUCGGCGUCGGCCUCUCCUUCCUGUUCUGGCGCAUCCAGGACAUCGGCGGGCGGCAGUCGGUCAUGGGCGUUGCCUCGCUCAUAUCUGCCGCCAGUGACGUGCCCGCGUUUAUCCUUGCACCAGCCGCCAUCCGCCGCCUCACUGCCGAGAAGGUUCUGCUGAUCGGCAUUGUGUGCCAGGUCGUGUACUUUGGCGGUGUGGGUCUUGUCACGCAGCCAUGGCAGGUGCUGGUAUUUCAGCCGGUGAUGGGCGGCAUGCAUGGCUUACUGUGGGCCAGCGUGCAGGCUAUAUUCGUACCACUCAGCAGCCCCGGCACGGAGUCGCUCAUGAUCGGUCUCCUGCACACUCUCAUGUACGGACUGGGCUAUGCGCUGGGGAAUUUCGUCGGCGGCGCGCUGAUUGAUGGGGUCGGUAGCCAGUGGACGUUUCUUGCCGUUUGCUUUUCCUCCGUUGCCAUAUUCCUUCUUCAACUUGCGUCCAUUUGCUAUUUCGGCGAUGUUCCAUCACCGAGCGCCGACGGAUUUCAUCGCCUGGGGAAGUCCCCUGUGAAUUUUCAUCCACUCGCCGGAACAGACGAGGGAGAUGGAGGAGAAGAGAGCGAGGAAGUGUAUGAGUCGACGUUCUCGGCCAAGUCUGCAGCCUAUCCCUAA